CACAAAAAAGAAUAAAAAGAGAUGGAGUGGUUAUGUAUCCAAAUGGAACAAAAGGGACCAAGGAAAUACACCAAACUCCUGGAAUGCCAAGUGUUGUAAAUGACACCAAAGAAGAUUUGAAAUAUAUUCUCCCUGUAGCUUUAAUGCUAUCUAUGGUGGCAAUUCCUUUGCUUUGUUUUAUUGCGUGGUUAGUGUAUGUAAAAUGUAUGCGGACAAAGCAAACAGAUAAGGAUGUAGAGAACCCGCCAGUGCAGCCAGAGGAAAAAUCUUCUAAAACACCUGAAAGCUCUGAUAGCUUCUUCAGGUGUCUGUGGAAGAAGAUUAUGGAGAAGAUUAGAAAGAAGAAACCAAAACUUCCAGAUGUAGAGAACCCGCCUGAAACAGCUCAGUCUGAGCAAAAAUUAAAAGCAGCUAAAAGCUUCUUCAGGUGUCUGUGCAAGAAGAUUAUGGAGAAGAUUAGAAAGAAGAAACCAAAACUUCCAGAUGUAGAGAACCCGCCUGAAACAGCUCAGUCUGCACAAAAAUUAAAAGCAGCUAAAAGUUCUGUGCAUAAAGGAAAACAGCAAAAGAAGAAGAAGAAGAAAGUUGCUAAAAAAACAGAGCUUCCAGUAGCAGCUCAGUCUGAAGCAGCAUCUGAAAGCCCUGAUAGUAGAGAGCACAGAGAACAGGUAGAGAAAAUAGAAGAACCUACUGAGGUAGAGAAAAUAGAAGAUCAUAUUGAGCAAAGGCUUCCAGAACCUGAAAGUGGCGCUUUAGUGCCAAUUAAUACUUUCAGCUUUCUGGAGUCUCUGGUGACCUUAAAUGAAAAGCCUACUAAGAAUCAGAAACGUAAAAAGGUACAACGGUCUAUGAAAAUAGAAGAGAUUCUAGAAAGUAAAGAAGACACAGAAGGCUUGCUCCAGCGGUUGAUGGAACUAAAGAGCAAGUCACCGACUGCUCAGAACCUCAACAUGUAAGUAUUGUAAACCCAAACAGUGCUUCCCUUAGUAAAUGCCCUAUGAAAUUCAUAAAUAAUUUCCUGCUCAGCACAACACAAGAUAUAUGUCAAGGAUCUAAUAAUUCAUUUAUUUUAUAGUUCGGUGUGUUAUGAAAAGAUUGACGACACCUACAGUGAGGAGCAAGGGGAGCCCUCACUGAAAUUUGAGCUGGAAACCUCCACUUUCCAGCCUGAGACUUUAGAGCCUUUGGAAUCUGAGAUUAAAGGGAAACUUGUACCUCUCGAGCCAACUAAAAAUAUCUACGGUAACGAGGAAGAGGAACUUCUACUGCAACUGGAGCUGUUAAUACUAUUAUUAACAUGUAUCCAUAAGUCUGCAGAACCCAAGAUUGAUGCGCAACUUGUGCACAAAGAACCAAUGGAAGAUAUCUGUCGUGAUGAGGAACUUCUAUUGCAAGCGGAGCUAAUUUUAUUAUUAUUAUUAUUAACGUGCAAAGAGAAACUUGUGUUUGUUGAACCAAGUGAAGAUAUAUGUGGUGAUGAGGAACUUCUGUUGGAAGUGGAGCCAACAGUCGCCAGCUCUCAGUCACCUCAGAAAUCAAAGCAGCAGAAAGCAAAAGUGUGUAAAUUCUAUACACACAAGGAAGCAAAACUUUGUAAACUUCCUAAGCCGAAGAAAACAAUACAGCGGAAAGCAAAAGUUUGCAGAUAUUAUAUGCCUAACAAAGGAAAAGUCUGCAGAUUUUACAGGCCGAGCAAAGAAAAAGUUUUCAGAUUUUUAAAAUCUGAGAAAAAAACACAGGAGAAAGCAAAAGUUUGCAUGUUUUAUUGGUCUUAGAAGCGCCAAGGAACAUUCUUAGGCCAUGCAUAUUCAAGAACUGUGGAACCUAAAAUGAAUGGGACUGUCUUGAUUCGCAUAACCGUAAAAGGGUGGGAUUUUGGGUGGAUCGGGGCUGUGUCACGCCUAAAUGGACACAGCCAUGGCGGAUCAAGACAUGACCUAAUACGUUUGGAUGAAGCAAUACUGCUCCCAGUUCUACACUGAAAGAAGAGGAAACAAUUUGUAUACCAAUAGCGCCGAGUAUUACCCACAGUUUUUCUUUGCAACAAAUACUGUUUGUUGCAAAGUAGUGAUAACAAAAUAAAAAUGAUGAC